AUGUCGGCAACGUUCCUGGGUGUCCCGCUGGGCCUCAUCUCGCUUGUCACCCUCACGGUCCAGAACUCGGCUCUCACCAUCGUCUUGCACUAUAGCCGCAUCUCGGUCCCUGCAGACCGCAUGUACAACGCGGCGGCCGCCGUCCUCCUCAACGAGCUCCUCAAGGGCGCCAUCUCGCUCUCGAUCGCCUACCGCAACGCCGUCCUCGCAGCGUCGAGCACUCGCGGCGGCGACUACUCGCGCAUCCCGACCGACGACGAGUUUGAGGGCAGGAGACGCAGCGGGCCCGGCGGUGGCGGCGGGAUCGACCUCGCGAGGGCCAAGUUCGCCGCGACUAAGAUGCUCGGCGAGGUGUUCAGCAGCGACUGCUGGAAGCUGUCCAUCCCGGCCUGCCUCUACGUCAUCCAGAACAACCUUCAAUUCGUCGCCGCGUCCAACCUCGACGUGCCGACUUUCCAGGUCACCUACAACCUCAAGAUCCUCACGACCGCCCUCUUUUCUGUCAUCCUCUUGCGGCGUCGCCUGUCGGCCAAGAAGUGGUUUGCGCUCCUGUUCCUCGCCGCCGGCGUCGGCGUCGUUCAGCUCCAGUCGUCGGCCGCCGCCGGCUCGUCGUCGUCGUCGCACGGCGCGCACGAGAUGGACAAGACCAAGGGCCUCCUCGCCGUCUUCUGCGCGUGCAUGACGUCCGGGCUCGCCGGCGUCUACUUCGAGAUGGUCCUCAAAGGCAGCAAGGCCGACCUAUGGAUCCGCAACGUCCAGCUGUCGCUCUUCUCGCUCCUCCCCGCCGUGUGCGCCGUCUUUGCGCCGGGCCUGUCGCUCGUCGGUGGCCCGGCCAAGCCGAACCCGACGGCGGGGCAGCCCGUCUUUGCCAACUUCGGCGCGUGGGCGUGGGCCGUCGUCCUCAUUCAGGUGUUCGGCGGCCUCAUCACGGCGCUCGUCAUCCGCUACAGCGACAACAUCAUGAAGGGCUUUGCGACGUCGCUCGCCAUCGUCCUGUCGUUCUGCGCCGGCAUCAUCUUGUUCGACUUCCGGGUCACGACGUCGUUCCUCCUCGGCACGAGCAUGGUCGUCGCCGCCACGUACCUCUACAACCUCCCCGACGCUCCUCGCCGCGGUCCGCCCGAGAGCUCCCUUCCGACAUCUCUUCCCUCUCCUUCCCUCGCCUCGAAAGGCGCGUUCACCCCGCCGCUCUACUCGUCGCACGGCCGCACCGACUCGAACGGCAGCGCGUCGUCCCCAGCGACGCUCCACCACCCGUCUGCGCCUUUUUCGCAUCCCGCGAUGCGCAUGGGCUCGACCUCGAGCGCGUCGACCUCGGCGUCGUCGGCGACGGGCGCGGGCGCGCCGCACAGGCGCCCGAACCCGCAGUCGGUGCCGCCCGGCGCAAAGACGCCCGACCACCGCGUCGUCGACGGCGCGUUCCCGCUCGCGGCCAUGCGGGCUGCGAGCGAGGACGGAGGAGCAGGAGCGGGAGCGGGAGGGCACGGCCAGCAGGACUCGGCGCAGCAGCUGCCGUUCAUGGCGAGGACGGGCACGCCGGACGGCGGCAGCGAGGGCUUUGCGAGCGGCAGGAUGAGCGCGCCGGGGAGCCCGGACCCGAUACUGCGAGGCAGGAGCCCGGCGCCGGGGUCGAGGCGGCCAUGA